UCUCCUUUUACAAUUUUUCUUUUACCAUGGCUUCAUUAUAUUCUUUGUGUUGUGUUUUAUUUUUAGCACUAGCAAUAGUUGCCUUGUAUGUUUCGCCAGCUGUUUCGACGUCGAGACGAGGGUUCGAGCGCCGGAAUGAGGUGGAAGACGGGUUCAGGGUCAUGCUCAAGCACGUUGACUCGGGCAAGAAUUUAACCAAAUGGGAACGAAUCCAACGUGGGAUAAAGCGUGGGCAACGCAGGCUCCAGAGGUUGAGUGUUAUGUUUUCGACAGCCAUCAGUUCAUCAUCGGUGGUUAAGGCGCCUGUUGCUGCGGGGAACGGCGAGUUUCUAAUGUACUUAUCUAUUGGGACACCACCGAAGAGUUACUCCGCGGUCAUGGACACCGGUAGUGAUUUGAUAUGGACUCAAUGCAAGCCUUGUUCUCAAUGUUUUAAACAAUCUACCCCGAUCUUCGAUCCAAAAUUGUCUUCUACCUUCUCUAAAUUGUCAUGCUCUAGCCACCUUUGUGCGGCACUACCCGAACAAACAUGCGGUGAUGGAUGUGAGUAUGUGUAUUCGUACGGUGAUUAUUCCUCGACACAAGGGGUGAUGGCUACUGAAACAUUCACAUUCGGCAAGGUUUCGGUUCCGAAUAUCGGAUUUGGGUGCGGAGAAGAAAACGAUGGGGAGGGAUUUUCACAAGGUGCUGGCCUGGUGGGGCUCGGGCGCGGACCACUGUCCCUAGUUUCGCAACUGAAGGAACCCAAGUUCUCUUAUUGCCUAACACCCUUCGAUGAGACCCAAAAAAGUACACUUUUGAUGGGAUCUAUUGCAAGUGUGAAUCGCACAUUGGGUGCAAUCAAGACCACACCAUUGAUACAUAAUCCAUUGCAGCCAUCUUUUUACUACCUUUCACUCCAAGGAAUUACAGUUGGAGGAACUCGCUUGCCUUUCAACGAAUCAACUUUUGCAUUCCAAGAUGAUGGCAGUGGCGGCUUAAUUAUUGAUUCCGGCACCACCAUUACGUAUCUUGAAGAAAGCGUUUUCAAUGUGCUCAGCAAAAGAUUCAUCAAGCAAAUGAAGCUUCCCGUUGACAAUUCAGGUUCAACGGGGCUCGAGCUUUGCUUCAUCUUGCCGUCAGAUGCUUCGGAAGUAAAGGUUCCGAAAUUAAUAUUUCAUUUCGAUGGAGCAGAUUUGGAUUUACCGGGAGAGAAUUAUGUAAUUGCUGACUCGAAUAUGGGAUUGAUUUGCUUGGCAAUGGGGCGUUCAAAUGGUAUAUCGAUCUUGGGCAACAUUCAACAACAGAAUAUGUUGGUUCUCCAUGAUCUUAAGAAGAAAACUCUAUCCUUCGUCCAAACACAAUGCCACAAGUUAUGAAUUAAUUUGUGGCCUUCAUUUUCAUUUAUUUGCUAUUUUUUCAUUUGUAGACGAUAAAUAAAUCUUUUUAAAUAAAAUCGACGUUUGAAUUUAUUAGUAGUGCUAGCAUCUCAUUUCGUUUUAACACAAAAAAUUCCUACUAGUUAAUUUUAAAGAUCAUUUGAAGUAAGGGCUACCAAAGUUUCAUUGUUAAAAUUCGUCUCUUUUUUAUCUAUGUAUGGAGGAUGAAAAUUUAGUAAAUAUCUUUGCCGGAGGCAUUACCUCAAGUGAUAAGAUCCACUUGAUCGUUUAGAUAGACAUUCCUAAUAAAUACAUUAUAACCACUAAACCUGUAACAUGUUUCUAAAUAAAAUAAUAUUUCGUUUUUUACUUGUGCAUUUUUUCAUAAAAUGCCAACUAUUUACAUGUAUGCAUCAAAGACAUGGAGGUUUAUUUGAAUAAACUGUACCAGUCAAGGGACUUUUUCAUAUAUUAACCUGGCAU